ACCUCUCGUAUGAGAUUUCCCAUGGCCUUUUAUUUGAGAAAAAGUUUACUUGAAAAAUUCUACAAAAAGAUAGGCCCCAGUAAAAUCUAAAGAAGCAAGCAACACUUCUUGCCUUCCAGCACAAACCCCUACAAUGCUUCACCAGUCUUCCACGCAGCUUAAAGAAGCAAGCAACACUUUUGGGUUACUAUAUUUUAUUCCUACAGUUCUGCUCCUGGAAGAGUGUGUUUUAUCUUGCAGGAGAGUCGUGCAAGUGGAAUAGUCUGUAACGAAUGUCAUGAUUCCAAGUCUCUCCCUCCAACUAUUAAUUCUUUCUAUUCUGCAAGCACUUCUGGAGGACAGUCGUAUAGUCCGAAAUAAUUCAUAACCACAGCGUCCAAUGACGUGACUCAAACUAUUGAUUCUUUCUAUUCCGCCAGCCAACAGAAGAAACCAUCAAAUUAACUGCAUGCCAAAGCAUAGCCUCUCGCACUAUUAACGCAAUCAAAUUUUCAAAACUUUUUGUCCUCUCUAAUACGUACAGGGUUUCUUGUUAGAGUUAUCACGCCGCAAUUGAAUUCAAGAAUCCUUUCUUUGCUUCGGAUGGCUGGCUUGAAGGAGAAGACAUACAUUUGUUGAAAGUGAAGUGAAAGGGCAAAGAGAAACCAAAAAGGAAGAUAAUCCUAGUUUAAUUAAUUGCUUUUGGCCAAGAAAAUGUAUUUGUUUUCCCCCAAAGAUUCCAAGGCGACUCACAUUUUAGGCUAUUCUGAAUGAGAACAUAAAUUUCUCAUGGUACGCAAAAGGACUAUUAGCUGCUACCUUGUUCAUUGACGAAAGACGUAACAAGGAGAGGGCAGAGAUAAAAAUCUGAGAAUAUGCCUCUAACUCUGGAUCAGACAACGAGGAAAGGGAUUUCGAAACUAACAUUGGAAGCUACUAAGAGACCUUGUUUGUGUUCUUCCGUUUUUGCCGUCACGAGUGAUUGUCUUCCUCGAAAAUGACUGAAAAAACCUGUGGAAAUUAAGAAUGGAGGGCAUAAUGCGCAUGGUAUGCUGAGAUGCGGACAGAAAGAGAAGAAAAAAGAUAUGGCGUGGGUACUGUAAAAGUCAAAAAGGAGGAACAGUGAGGAGUUUUCUCAUAACCCUUCCCGCGCGGAAGUUACGGGACCGUUGGUGCUGGUCUAUUUUGUGAGCCUGUCAACUAAGUGGACAGCAUGUGAUUUAUUCAAGGGCGGGCCAUAUUUGACAUUUGCCAAUGCCAUGACAGCCCGAUUGAUCGUCCAUCCAACGGGAUGCCGUCUGACGUGGCCCCACCACCUCACACCAUCAUCGUCAGGCGUCCGUGACGUUAGCUGUUAGCAUGAUCUUUCUCUUUUUCAUUUAUUUUACUUUUCUUCUUGUUGGCAAUUGCACAUCGCAAUUCCUUUCAUCUUAUGGGUUGUCACUACAGAAAAAGUACUCCUCCCUCCCAUUUAAAACUGAUUUUCCAAUUUCCACACACGCUUUCUGCACAAAACAAUUGCCCCGGCCGAACUUCAAGUGUCUGACAUAUUGGCAUUAUUUGAAGUUCCGAUCGCGAUCUGAGACGCUUCAGUUUGCGAAAGAAGGAGGGUUGGUAGUUUCACGGGAAAAUGGGGGUUAUGUCCAGGCGGGUUGUGCCCGUCUGUGGUAACCUCUGUUGCAUUUGUCCUUCUUUGAGGGCAAGUUCAAGACAGCCAGUGAAGCGUUACAAGAAAUUGCUUACUGAUAUCUUCCCGCGUAAUCAGGAUGCUGGGCCUAAUGAGAGGAAAAUUGGAAAGCUAUGUGAAUAUGCCUCCAAAAAUCCACUGAGAAUUCCAAAGAUCACUGAAAACCUGGAACAAAGAUGUUACAAGGACCUGCGUAAUGAAAAUUUUGGGUCAGUGAAAGUUGUCUUGUGGAUAUACAGGAAAUUGUUAUCGUCAUGCAAGGAGCAGAUGCCCUUAUUUGCUAGUAGUUUUUUAGGGAUCAUUCGAACACUUUUAGAACAAACUCGAGCUGAUGAAAUGAGGACUUUAGGUUGCCAAGCACUUGUAGACUUUAUAAAUUGCCAGACAGACAGUACAUACAUGUUCAAUUUGGAGGGUCUCAUCCCUAAACUAUGCCAAUUGGCUCAAGAAGUCGGAGAAGAUGAACGAGUUUUGCGUCUACGUUCUGCUGGACUUCAAGCUCUAUCCUAUAUGGUGCAAUUCAUGGGAGAGUACUCACAUCUUUCCAUGGAUUUUGACAAAAUUAUAUCUGUGACAUUGGAGAAUUACAUGCAUCUCCAAAUGAAAGUCAACCAUCCCGAGGUGGAGAGGCUUACUGGAACUGGGAUGGACUUCAUGUUGGAUACUGCCAAGGAUCCUGCUUAUUGGUCAAAGGUUUGCUUAUGUAAUAUGGCAAAAUUGGCUAAGGAAGCUACAACUGUGAGGCGUGUUCUUGAACCACUUUUUCAUAAUUUUGAUACUGAAAAUCAAUGGUCUCCGGAAAAAGGAGCUGCUUGUUCUGUUUUAAUGUAUCUGCAAUCCCUUUUGGCAGAAUCAGGAGAUAACUCCCAUCUUUUGCUGUCCAUUUUAAUCAAGCACUUGGAUCAUAGGAAUAUUGCAAAGCAACCUCUUCUGCAGAUUAAUAUUGUUAAGAUAGCCUCACAACUUGCAGAACAUGUUGAGCAGCAGGCCUCAGUUGCAAUUGUCGGUGCGAUAUCUGACCUCAUUAAACAGUUGAGGAAGUGCUUGCAAACUUUAGCUGAAGCUUCUGUUGCUGGAAGUGAUGAACAUAAAUUGAACAUUGAACUUCAGUCUGCUUUAGAAUCGUGUAUAUUACAACUUUCAAGCAAGGUUGGGGAUGCAGGCCCCAUUCUUGAUAUGAUGGCAGUGGUGCUAGAGAAUAUCUCAAAUAGUACUAUUGUAGCACGAACAACAAUCUCUGCUAUUUAUCAAACUGCAAAAUUAAUCUCUUCUAUCCCUAACAUAUCAUAUCACAAGAAGGCUUUCCCAGAUGCUUUAUUUCAUCAGUUGCUUAUGGCAAUGGCCCAUCCAGACCAUGAAACACGAAUAGGGGCACAUAGUGUCUUCUCUAUGGUGCUUAUGCCAUCCCUUUUUUCUCCAUGUUUAGACCAGAAAACAAAGAUGAUUCAGAAGGUAGAGAGUGAAAGCUUUGCCAUUCAUGAUCAAAAUUCUGUCAGUGUGAAGAGGGAACCAUCAGAGGGAAAGACAAAAGCAGGUGUCAAUGGGAAAUAUGUUCCUAAUCUAUUUUGUGUUCACAGCUUCAUGCGUGCUCUCACCGAUGGAAAGGAUGAGCUGAGUUCUCUUCGAUUGAGUAGUCACCAAGUGAGUCUUCUGCUCUCUUCAAUCUGGGUACAGGCAACUUCUGCAGAAAAUGGCCCUGAGAAUUUUGAGGCAAUGGCUCACACUUAUAGCAUUGCUUUGUUGUUUACUCGUUCUAAGACAUCCAGUCACAUGGCUUUAGUAAGAUGUUUCCAACUGGCAUUCUCCCUGAGGAGUAUCUCUUUGGAUCAAGAUGGCUUACAACCAUCACGCAGGAGGUCUCUUUUUACUUUGGCGUCGUACAUGCUUAUAUUUUCUGCCAGGGCAGGCGAUUUCCCUGAUCUGAUUCCAGUUGUUAAGGCAUCCAUGACUGACAACACUGUAGAUCCUUUUCUUGAGUUGGUCGAUGACAUCCGACAGCAGGCUGUUUGUAUAGAAUCAGAGAAGAUAUCUUAUGGAUCUCAGGAAGAUGAAUUCAAUGCUAUGAGGUCGCUUUCAGCUGUAGAAUCAGAUGACAGGCAGUUAAAAGAGACUGUAAUAUCAUACUUAAUGACUAAAUUUGCAAAAUUGUCAGAGGAUGAGUUGUCCGGCAUAAAGAAGCAAAUUCUACAGGGCUUUUCACCCGAUGAUGCAUAUCCAUCAGGACCUCCUUUGUUUAUGGAGACACCACGCCCAUGUUCUCCGCUAGCUCAAAUUGAGUUCUCAGACUUAGAAGAGAUCAUGGCUCCAGUGGUUUUGAUGGAUGAAGAGAUGGAGCCCGAACCAAGCAGAAGCCAGUCAGAUCGCAAAACAUCACUUUCUUUCAAUAACCCUGACGUUCUAAGUGUUAAUCAACUCUUAGAAUCGGUUCUGGAGACUGCCCGUCAAGUUGCUAGUUUCCCCAUGUCAUCAGCUAUUGUGCCUUAUGACCAAAUGAAGAACCAGUGCGAGGCGCUUGUGACAGGGAAACAGCAGAAGAUGUCAAUUCUUCACAGUUUCAAGCACCAAGAAGCUAAGGCAAUGGUUCCUUCAAGUGAAAAUGAAACACAAUUUCCCUCCUUACCAACUAAGACUCUGGAAUGUUCAAAAGGAGAUAUGGCAUUGGCCACUCUGGAGCAAAGUCAAGCGCAAGAUAAGGUUCGCCUGUUUGCACAGUAUGACCCUGGACAGCAGCAUACUUUGAGACUACCGCCGUCAAGCCCCUAUGACAAGUUCCUGAAAGCCGCCGGAUGCUAAUAAGUUUUAUUUAUCAUAUAGGUGCAUGUAACUAUUUAGAUCUCUUAUUCUGUCAUUUGUUCCGUCUCCCAAGCAGUUAGUAAUUUUUUCAUUCUUUCCUGUAAGUGUUCAACUGUUCAUCAUAAUUCUUUCUUUGGACGUUUUCUUACCAUUCGUGCCCACCAGUGCAUAUGCUAGUCUUUUUUCUUUUUCCGUUGUGGGGAAUGGGGACAAGAUUUUUCUCCCCAGCAAGUGCAUGAUUUUAGUGACAAUUAUCUAUACAACUGGUAACGAUCUAUACAUCUAAAAUUAAUUUUUCUCUUGCGCA